GUUAACUCCACUCACUCACUCUCUGUCUCUCUCUCUCUCUCUCUCUCCCCGCACCCUUUCUCAAUUGUACUCUCUCAUUCAUUCGAGCCGCUUUCUCGAGGGUUUCGCGUCGACGCCUUUGUGAAUCACUGAGAAGAGCUUUGCACAUGAAAUGCUUAUUGGAAAUGAAGACCAUUUAGAGAAUGUCACUUUGGUUAGUGGCUUUUGGGAUGAGGCUGCGGAUCUGAACCAAGUUGGCUAAUACCUGCUUGGCAGAAGCUUUGGCACUUGAAAAACUUUGCACCUGAAAAAGUUAUACUUCUUAAAGCUAGUCAGUAACAACACUAUGAAACGUAAGUGUAGUAGUGGCAGACGCAAGCCAAAACUUGCCCAUGUGAUGGGUGCAGAGGAGGCAUCUCCUAAUGUUGUGAGUCUAAAAACUCGAGGUAACUUGGGCCUGGAAGAUCCUGAUGAUACUGAAGUUAACAAUAGAAUAGAAAUUGGAAUGGAAGAAAAUGGCAACCAUAGAAGCAGGCAGCAAGGAGGCUCUAAAAACCAGAAAGUAAUUGAUGCGGCCAUGGAAGAUGGCAUGAGGUCAUUUCCUGAAACAAAUGCAGUGGAAUGUGCUGAUCUCUCAAUGAAAGCUAGGAGCAGAAUGACUAGAUCAUCAAGGGGUCUUUCUUCAUCAGGCAUAAAUCCAAGUUUUAAUGCAGUCCUGGAGCAGGAAGAACAGAUGCACCCAAAAGAACCAAACAUGUCUCAGGAUUCACAAUAUAAAGAGCAAGAAUUAGAAGCUGCUUUGGCGGUGAUUAGGAAGGUUAUGAAAAUGGAUGCAGCUAAGCCCUUCAAUGUUCCAGCUGAUCCUAUUGCACUGGGAAUACCUGAGUAUUUUGAUCUUAUUAAUACAGGUACACCUGUGGAUUUUGGCACAAUAUGCAGCAACCUUCAAAAUGGUGUAGAGUACAAGAACUCAAAGGAUGUUUUAAGAGAUGUGCAGCAUAUCUGGGAUCAGUGUCAUAAGUAUAAUAGAAAAGGCCAUGUUUUGGAGCUCAUGAAGCAGGUGAAGAAAAGUUUCACACAGUUAUGGACAGAAGCUGGGUUAUAUUGGGAACAACAGGAGGAUAUUGGUGGACAUUCACACUUACCUCCUCCAACUACAAGGUGCAGCAUGCAUGAACAUAGCCAGUCAUAUCAGUCCAUGCAGAGGACUUGCCAGUGUCAGUUGGGCUCUGUUCGGCGGCAGACUUCCAAUCCACAGGCUGGUACAAGUGUUGGCAUCAAAGGCUCUACCUUGAGACGGAGCCCACGGGGACAUAGGUGUCAAGUGGAUCCUCUAAAUGACAGACCAACCUGCUCACAGCAGGGAGUUUUAUGGCUCAGCCAACCACAACUCCAGCAGCACCUGCCAUCAGUGAGCUGUGGCCAUCCAUAUGAAUCCCGCCAAAGGUCUUGCCAGUGCCAGCCAACCUCUGGGCAGCUGCAGCAUUCUCAGCCAUUUGAUGGAAUAGAUAUCAGCAAUGCAGGAGAAGACUUCUACUCAUCUCCUCCUGAACAGUCCAUGAUAAGACUCACCAAACGUGGGCGUAAAUACCCAAUUGGCCCAAUGAAUGACUACAUCAGCCAAGGACAUCAAGAUCAGAUAACUUCAGGCAAUACACUUCCAGAUCGGCCCCCACCUAGCAGAGGCCAGCAACAUCAACCCCAGGGACAGGGCUGCCUUAUCUCUAGUCCGCUGCAUCCUAGCUUUGUCCAGCUGGAUCCUGGUGUGGAAAUAGAUAGUGCAGAAGAACGUUUUUCCUCUUCACCGCCACCUGCAGAGUCUAUGAUAAGGUGCAGCAAACACCAGCCUAGGUACCUUGCCAGCCCAAUGACACAGCAGAGUGACAGAACUCCAAGCCAAAUGAAACUCCAUCAACCCUCAUCAAGUUGUGGUCCACCACAUGACUCUCAUCAUGGGACUUGCAGAGUCCUGAUGAGCUCUUGCCAGACACAAGCUGCCACAGAUACGGGUAAUGCAGCUUCUAGCAGCAUUAGGAGGAAAGGACGUGGCCCAACACGCUGCCUCAAUGUAUGGAAUACUGAAGGCAAGAUACUUAUUGCCACCAAUGAGCUUGGGCAGCCCAUUGGCCUUGAAGCUCCCAAACUGACCAACUUCCUUGGCACCAUUGCCCGGAAUGGGCACAUGGCGCCCCUUAAUUAUAUUGAUUGGAGGGCAUUACCAGAUGAGAACAAGGAGAAAAUGUGGCAGCAAGUUCAGUCAAAGUUUGAUAUUGACCCAAAAAGCAAAAGUUGGAUCUUGAAGUCCAUUGGCACAAAAUGGAGGAACUGGAAAGCUAAUUUAAAAGUUGUACAUUAUGAUCUCCACGAGACCAAUGAGGAGCGGCUUGCAGAUUGUGAUGCAAGGGUCCUUCCAGAUCAGUGGAGGAUCCUUGUUUCUUUUUGGAAUUCGAAAGAAGCACAGGAUCGCAGUGUCACAAAUAAGGCCAAUCGCAGAAGGCAGAAGUUAAGUCACACAACAGGCACAAAGAGCUUUGCCCGAAUACGUGAGGAGCAGCGUGAGAAGAGGCCUGAUGGGAAGGAACUGUCCCAGGCAGAGCUAUUCAUACUGACUCGUACUCGCAAAGAUGGUCAGCCUGUGAAUGAGGCUUCAUCAUCAAUAAUUUCCCAACUUCGUGAACUAGCUGCUCAACACCAGGGAACCUCACAAAAUACUACUGUUGAAGAUGAUGUAUUCUUUCAAGUCAUGGGGCAAGAUAGAAAUGGACGUGCACGCACUUAUGGGUUGGGUCCUGUCCCAUCUGAUCUUGGGGGUCCAAAACCUAGUCCUGCUGAAGCCAGGAGAAUUGUCUCAGAGGCUAAUGCAGAGGUACGUGAGAUGAAAGAGAGAAUGAUGGUCAUGGAGCAGACAUGUGUGCAAAUGGCAGCUCAAAUGGCUACCAUGAUGUCAAUGAUGUCAACCAUGCAGAUGAAGUUCCCUGGUAAGCAGCUUCCUAAUGUGGCUGUGUCUAGCAAUUCUGAGGGAUCACAAGAAUUGCAGAGAUCUUCAAGUAUAAGAGGAAGGAAGCAGAAUACAAGUGUUGGCAAGGUAGCACGCAGAAAGCGGUGAUGAUUUGCUAGUUGAUCCUCUUCUCAGGGGAGAUGCGGCGCACUCGUUGAUUGAAUCACUGAGGAUGGAACUGUCGUGUGGUUCUGUUCUUAAGCUAUAAAUAUGGAGACUUUAUAUGCAUAUAAUAUGCAACCCCGUGAGAGUUUGUGAUGUGAUGAUUAAAGAUAUUGUGUUUGGCUUUCUGGUUGUGGAUGCCAACUGUGAAUAUGAAUGCUGAAACAAGCUAUAAGAAUGGUUUGCAGGGAUGAUAAAGUUUGAACU